UCCUGACUUGACCAAACAUCCAGGUGUUGAUUUAACACACAUUUAACUGUGGAGCCAAAUCUCAGUAGAGACUGUGUGAGAUUUAAGCUCAGCAGCACUGAUCUAAUUCUCUUGCUAUUGAAAAAGCCGUGUCCUAUCCUCCCUCCUGUGCUGCCUGGUAGCUCGGGUAACCUUAAAGGAAUGUAGAAGAUGAUGCCAGAAUUAUUUUGGGCUGAGAUUCAGAUGUUAAAAUAGCAAAAAAGGUUGCAGGGUAGAUUACCAAGGAGAACUCAGACAGUUGUGCUGUCGACCUACAUGUAGCUCUUGUACAGAGAGACCUUGAAAAGCAACGUUUCCAGCCAAGACGAACCACAUCCGAAAGGCUAAAGAGGGAAGUGUAAUUCAUAAAACCACCAAGAAGAGGCCCGGAGGAGGUUGUAAAAGUAGAGACUGCUGCAUCCAGACAUGCCCAGAGGCUUCAGCUGCUUGGGGAGCCCUGAGGGGGCAGACGGCAGGUAUGAGACCCCCCCGGCUUCAGAGCUCCAGAGGCUGAUGUGGACAAAGAGUGGGAGCAGCAACCGUCUGGAUGAGGUUCAGCCUAGGAUCUAUAUUGGAGACAUGUAUGCAGCCAAAGACAAGAGGACACUCCAGGCUCACCGCAUCACCCAUGUGCUCAACGCUGCUGAUGGGAAGUACAGUGUGAGCACGGGCCCCAGCUUCUACAGAGACACCAAAAUCACUUAUCAUGGAGUGGAAGCUUUUGACAUGCCAUCCUUUGACUUGAGUCCCUUCUUUUACCCAGCGGCCAAUUUUAUCAAGAAUGCUUUGAGCUCGCCCACAGGUAAAGUGUUCGUCCACUGUGCGAUGGGAAUCAGCCGCUCGUCCACCUUGGUUCUGGCCUACCUGAUGAUCCACGAGAACAUGACGCUGGUGGAUGCCAUCAAAGCUGUCAGCGCCAACAGGAACAUCUCACCUAACAGCGGUUUCCUGGAGCAGCUACGAGCGCUGGACCAAAAGCUGUACUGCCAGGGAUCAUCGAGGAGCUGGAGUACCAAUGGGCGGACAUGAGAUAAAAUCCAUUGCUGAGCUUGAGUUUGAAGUUGAGUAGAUAUUACAAUGAAUGUCAAACAAUGUUCUAAUUGUAGUUUCUCUGUAAGACAAAUUCCAUUUUUUUGUGAUAGAAUUAAAGUGAUUUAUAUUA